ACUGAUUGCACCAUUUUCAAAUUCUGUCAAAUAAUAUUUAUUUAGAUAUCUUAUUUUAUAAAAUGAUACGUCUGUCGCAUACGAUAGCUUUAAAAUGUUGUAUCUUGUACCAUUGCCUUCCUCGAUUUCCCAUCCCUUUCGCCAUCUUUCGACCCCUUCAUACGCUGGCGUGUGGAGUUGACUGGACACUGACCAGUUAGUAGCUCAGUCAACAUCUAGCUUCCAGACUAAUGAGGUCGUCGCCUAAGUCUUGCUGAAAAAAGAUAAAAUAAGUUACGAAUCAAGCAGUGCGUUUUCGACCGAAAAUCUUUUACAUUGGAAUUCAUUCAACACUUUCAAUAUGGGAAGCUAUAAAGAAAACGAAUCGGACGAAAUUUUGGCUAUCCAGAAGCGCGAAGAGAAUCUAAUGAAGCUCAUUCAGGAAACUGGCUGCGAAAUUAUACAAGAGAAUGGCCAACGGAAAUUCGGUGGACCACCACCAAAUUGGGAAGGCCCACCACCACCGAAAGGCACUGAAAUUUUCGUGGGGAAAUUACCACGUGACGUAUUUGAAGAUGAGCUAUAUCGACUCUUUUCAACAAUUGGGCCCAUUUACGAGCUCCGUUUAAUGAUGGAUUUCAGCGGUUCAAACCGCGGCUUUGCGUUUAUCCAGUACGCUUACCGACAUGAUGCUAAUCGAGCAAUCGAGUUGAUGAAUAACUACGAACUGCGACCAAGACACCACAUUGGCGUGGUGAAAUCUAUUGAUAAUUGUCGGCUUUUCGUCGGUGGUAUACCUAAGAACAAAUCUUGCGAAGAAAUCCAAUGUGAAAUGGAAAGAUUGACCGAAGGCGUGACCAAAGUCAUCGUUUACAGUUCCAUCACAGACAAGACUAAAAAUCGGGGUUUCGCCUUUGUCGAAUAUAUAAACCAUCGGGCUGCAUCCAAGGCUCGUCGAAAGUUAAUACCCGACCGGAUUCAAUUGUGGGGCAAAGAAAUUGCUGUUGAUUGGGCUGAACCAGAGAACGAAAUCGAUGAAGACAUCAUGUCGAAGGUUACGGUUUUGUACGUACGCAACUUAUCAUUGACCACGACAGAACAAGUACUAAGAGACAUUUUCAAUCUGGCCUCGGAUGAUAAUGUACAAAAACUUAGAAUGAUGCGGGAUUUUGCAUUCAUUCAUUUCACUUCCCGAGAAAAAGCUGAAAAAGCCAUGCAGACUAUGAAUCAUGCAGAGAUCAACGGGGCGACGAUUGAGAUAUUAUGGGCAAAACCAGCCAAAGACAAGAAAACGAUCAAGCCAAAAACGCCUUCUAGAAAAACUUCUUCAGUUUCGAUGCAUUCGGUUUCUUCCACUUCAUCUCAUAGUCCUUGCAAAUCGGCGAUGAAAUUUUCCACUUCCUACCAGGGCGAUCGCAUGUUGUCACCUCCCUCUUCACUUAAUUAUUCACCAAUGGCGUUGCCACUAUCCUCAAUCAGGCCAGCAUUGCAGCAUCAACAAGCAAAUCAGUUUCUAAACAACUUCACUGUGCCUCCACCGUUCCACGGGGGUUUUCAAUCUAGUCCACCAGGGAUUCUCUCGAAUACCCCUAGCACAAUUUUUCCUCAAACAAAUUUCAUGCAAAACUCGGGAUUCGACCUCAAUGGUAACCGUAACUACAACGCCAGCAUCACAGCAGAUACCAGUUUCCGCGUACGCAAAACUCCUGACCCUAUGAUGUAUACCAAUUUCGGACCGCCGCUUCAUCCGCAGCCAAGCUGGAUUGGAGAGGAGCGUAGCCGUUUUGGAACCUUUCGCGAAUCAUCGAAGUUCUCAAUUGACGGCUUGAGUGCACAGUUCCAUAAGAUGAGCUGCAACAACUUCAAUCGCGUCGGUUUCAAUGGAAAUGUCAGCAUCAAUCCAUUCCAGGUUAUUCCACCUUUUCCAUCUCGUUCGUUGCUUCCGUAGAAGUCCAACACUUAUGAUUUUAACGUAUGCACUUUCACUGCCCACCUAGCGUCUUUUUUUGAAGCAUCUUCGUACUUAAUAUUAUUCCAGUUCAAGUUUUCUGACUCUGCCAGGUUUGUUUUCUCUAGUGCAUAUCUAUCUGUUUGAUUGCUCGUUUUUUUUUUCUUUCCUUUUUCUUAUAGUCUUUUCCCACAGAGCCGCGUGCUAACUAAAUAAUUUCUACUGCACAAUAUUCCGUAAACUUAGCAAAGAACUGUUGCCAUCUUAAAACAUUUUAAUAUCAAAUGAAAGAAUUGCUGUAUAUGACAAGCUGUUCGUUCCACUUUCUGAAUUUGUUGAAGCAUAAUCAUUUAGACCAAACAAAUGGUUAUCCUUAAGUUGACAAUUUGUAGUGCUAGGAACUCCGCCAUACUUGAGGAAUAAGAAAUAAUUAGCUUUGCGUAUUUUCAAAAGUAUAGUUUCGCCUUACGUUAGUUUUACGUGAGUUCGAUCAUAUUUGCACGUCUUGAAGUGGUUGGCCAUAGCUAGAACGUCUGGCCAUCAGCUAGCUCAGUGAAUUGCUGCUAUGUGAGCAAAGACAAUGUGACAAGACAGUGUCGUCCGAAAUGUCAACCUUUGUUUACAAAGCGGACAUGAUGUAAAGAAAAUUUCAUUUUUUACCGCUUGAACUGUGCGGUGUUUAGAUGUUCUGACUGUGCCCAACUAUCACGAACAGAAAUUUUACUAUUUCCGAAUAUGCAAAGCUAAUCAUUUUUUAUUCGUCAAUUACUGGGAGUUAGCUACCA